GAUGUGUAUAAAAGCACUCACUACCCUGGGCUCCUGCAUCCGCUUCUCUUUCCUGACUCUCCUUGGUGAACUGGGCUGACCUCCACCCCACCACGAUGUCCUGCUACGAUGAGUGUUACACCCCAGGUGCCGUGGCGCGCCCAAGACCCAUUGCUGACAGCUGGAACGGGCUCUGCGUUAGACAGGGCCCUGCCUCCAGAGUGGUGAUCCAGCCGCCGCCUGCUGUGGUCACUAUCCCAGGCCCAAUCCUCAGCAACUACCCACAAGACAGCGUUGUGGGCUCUGCAGGGGUCCCAGCAGUUGGCUACAGCCCCAGAGGCUACCUGGGCUAUGGGGGAUCAGAGGGAGCUCUGGUUUCUGGGGGCUCAGGGGGAGCUCUGGUUUCUGGGGGAUCUCUGGGAUAUGGGAGUGAUCUAGGUUAUGGGGGCAGCCUUGGUUAUGGUGUUGGCCUUGGUUACGGAGGCAAUCUGGGUUACAGUGGGGGUCUUUGCUAUGGGGAUGGUCUGGGCUAUGGGAGCUAUGGGGGCAGCUAUGGCUCCCGUAGCUUGAGCAGUUAUGGGGGACUGUGCGGCUCUGGCUAUUCGGGAUUUGGCUCUGGAUACUGCAGACCUUUUUCUUACCGCCGGUACAACAGGUUCCUCUCUGGAAGCUGCGGGCCAUGCUAAACUCAGCAGGGCCGUGCCCAGAGCAAGGCCAAGGCAUUAAACCAAGAGCCAGAAAUGGAUUGCUAGGCGCGGUCAUGGGCAAGGGGAUUCCAGAGUGCUGAGCACCUCCAGCGCCUGUGUUAAUUCAUGGGAGAUGUAAGCGCUCAGCAUCUCCUCGAAUCAAGCCCGCAUGUGUCUUUCUCAUGUUCCACUUUACCUUCACUGUCUGACCCAAGGGAAUCUGCAUCUUGGUCCUGCUUCUCUCGUGAUUUUCCCAUUUGACACGAUUGCCAAUCCUGGCAGCCACAAGCCUGAAGGAAGAACGUUUCGUAUGGACACUGUCGUCCCCUUGGAGCAAAGAUUGGCUGCUGCCUGUGUUGAAAUUCUUCUCCCUCUGCAUAUGUACACUCCCUUUCUUGUUCACAUUAAAGCUUUGCUGCAUCACAG